CCGCUUUCUACGCUUUCUCUGGCAAGAAUGUUAGUUCCUGCUCUUCCCUGGCCGUUUCCUGUAAUCGUACAGUGUUGUGAGACGGAGAAAGCCAUGUGUGUCGAUGCAAAGCUGUUUGCUUAGAAGUCAAGAGAAUUGGACAACAGCGAUUUAGCUUCCAUCUCGGAGUCUUUUUAACGUUGUGCCCGUCUCCCUGUGUGGAGUGGGCAAGAUGGCAGAUCCCAUAAUGGACCUCUUUGAGGACACACCUUUGUUUAACCUGGAUGCCCUGCCGGAUGACUCGUUCUCUCAGGGCUCCUCAGACCCUGUGGAGGAAGCCCUCAAGCUGGCUUUGGGCCAGGUGGAUCCACCGACUGAGCCCGAGCCCACCCCUGAACUCACAGUCAGCACAAGCCUUGGUGUUCCUGUAGCAGCUCCUGCCAUCCCAGACCCUACCCCUGUUCAAGUCCCGACACAGCAGCCGGUGCAAGUGGCAACUGCUCAGACUAUUUCCGUAGCUGCAGCUCCAGCCAUGACGCCAGCCCCUGCUCCUGCCUCUGCUGAUACUGUACCUCAAAUACAAGCCCAGACCACCAUACCCAUUGCCAGCAAUGCCAGUGGGGCCACUAGUAGCACUGUCUUGCUGAGCUCACCUCUGACGGUUUCUAGCUCCCCGGCUACCACCACUGCCACCACACAGCAGAUCACACAGAUAACCCAUCAGCUCACUCCCCAGCAACUAGCUGCCAUCACGCAGCAGGCUGGUGGUAAAAUUGUCAUUCUCAAAGGUCCCCAGGGUCAGGCCCAGGUGCUGCAGACUGUAUCGGGAACCACAGGCCAGACCAGCGGAAAGGUCAUCCGUGUGUUGUCUGGCACUCCACUCAAACCUGGCAUGUCCAUACUGCAAGGGGGAGCAGUCUUGAAUCAGGCGAGUCCAGGACAAGCUCAAAUCAAGGUGGGUGCCGCAGGGGUGCAGAGGCUGCUGCAGUCGCCCAAUGGACCAGUGAAACAGGUGUUGCUCACUUCCAUGCCUCAGCAGGUACAGCAGACGCAAGGCCAGACAGUUCAGGUGCAGAUUCCAGCCCAGACUCAAGUCCAAGUCCAGCCCCAGGCCGCCCAGAUCCAGGUACAGCCCCAAGGCCAGGCAGCUCAGAUCCAGGUCCAGGCACAAGGCCAGGUGCAGCUUCAGCCAGCCAUGCAGGCACAGACGCAGGGUGGUGAAGCAAAGCGCAUCACCUUGGUUCUCCAGCAGCCCUCCCAGACUGGCUCUGCCACACCAGUGAGUCAAGCUGUUACAGCCCCGCAGCAGGUCGCACAGGUCCAGCAGGUUCAGACGGCGCAAGGGGGCCAACAGCAGCAGGCCCAGGCCCCAGCUAGGCUAGUACUGGGUCAGCUCCCUGGUGGCAAACUGGUGCUUCAGGGAAGUCAGCUAGCGGCCCUGACCCAGGCUCGGGCUGCGGGCCAGGCUGGAGGGCAGCCCAAAGUCCUGACAAUUCAGCUGCAAGUGCAGCAGCAGCCCAACCAACAAGGAGGAGUUAAGUACCAGCUGGUUUCAGGAGCCGGCAAUACUGGCAGCCCCCAGGUGUUGCAGAUCUCCCAGGGCCAAGGAGGACAGAGAGUUGCAGUACCACUCAAAAUGCUUCUACAGCCACAGACAAGCUCAACCUCCUCUGCUGGUGGCACGGUUUCUGUGGUGAAAGUCAUCAACACUUCGACAGCGGGCCCCUCUACUACAACCACCACUCCAUCCCAGGCCAUCCGCAUCACCAAGGCCCCCGGCGAACCUGCCUCCGUUCGCCGAGUGGAGAUUCUGUGCAAGCAGGAGAAAGCAAACCGCAUAGUGGCCGAGGCUAUAGCUCGGGCCAAAGCACGUGGCGAGAAGAACCUGCCCAGAGUCCUGAACCAGGAUGAGCUUCCGACCACACAGACCUCCCCAGAAAUGGGGGGCACUUUGACUGUGGUGUCUUCUGCAAAGAAAAAGAGCAGCAGCGGUGGAAGCAAAAAGAAAAGCCCUGUAGGUGGAGGAGUGGUGCCCAAAACUGCAGGAGGGGCUGACAAAAAGGGCAAAGUGAAGACACCAGGAACCGCUACGGUGGCUGCCGGCACCGUAAUACCUGGUGCAGGGAACAAGAGCAAAAGCAAGAUUAAGACAAACACUAUCACUCUAGUGGGAGCAAAGAAAAGAAAGAGAAACGCAUCUUCAGACCACUCUGACGGGGAGUUAAGCCCGGCCUCACCUGCAGCACUGGAGGAUGACAUGAUUACGAAGAGGCGCUCCAAUCGUGUGGUGAAGAGGAAGAAGUACACAGAGGACCUGGACAUCAAGAUCACAGAUGAUGAAGACGAGCAGGAAGAUGUAGAUGUUACUACAACUGCAGCAGCAGUGGCCUCCAUCAGCGGUGGAACAGCAGCGCAGCUUAAACAGGAAUUGGAACUGGAUGGCGAUGGACUGCAGAGCAUGCAGUUCUUUGUGGAAAACCCAAGUGAGGAAGAUGCUGCCAUUGUAGACAAAGUGCUGUCUAUGAGAUUAACCAAGAAGGAGGUGUCUCCAGGCCAGUACACUAAUGUUGAGGAAUUCUUUGUAAAAUACAAAAACUAUUCAUAUUUACACUGUGAGUGGGCCAGUUUGGAGCAGCUGGAGAAAGAUAAGAGGAUCCAUCAAAAGAUCAAGAGGUUCAAGACCAAGCACGCUCAGAUGAGGCACAUUUUCCAGGAGGAUGAGGAGCCUUUUAACCCGGACUACGUGGAGGUGGAUCGGAUCCUGGAUGUGUCCCACAGCGUGGACAAGGACAAUGGCGAGCCUGUUAUCUACUACUUGGUGAAGUGGUGCUCUCUGCCAUAUGAAGAUGCCACUUGGGAACUUAAGGAGGAUGUGGAUGAGGGCAAGGUUGAAGAGUUCAGCAAAAUUCAAAACCGACAACCUCGCCUGAAGAGAACGCCUCGGCCUCCAGCCAGUUCAUGGAAGAAGUUAGAGGAGACCAGAGAGUAUAAGAACGGCAACACACUCAGAGAGUAUCAGCUGGAAGGAGUCAACUGGCUGCUCUUCAACUGGUACAACAGGCAGAACUGUAUCCUGGCAGAUGAGAUGGGUCUGGGGAAGACCAUCCAGUCUAUCGCGCUGCUCUCAGAGGUGUAUGCUGCUAAUGUCCAGGGCCCCUUCCUGGUCAUUGCUCCCCUAUCCACCAUCACCAAUUGGGAAAGAGAGUUCUCCACAUGGACUCACAUGAAUGCCAUCGUCUACCACGGCAGCCUGGCCAGCCGACAGAUGAUCCAGCAGUAUGAGAUGUACUGCAAAGAUGAGAAGGAGCAUUUGAUCCCAGGUGCCUACAAGUUUGAUGCCCUCAUCACAACUUUUGAGAUGGUGUUGUCGGACUGCCCAGAACUGAGGGAGAUCUCCUGGCGCUGUGUGAUCAUUGAUGAGGCUCAUCGUCUCAAAAAUCGUAACUGCAAGCUGUUGGACAGCUUGAAGAUGCUGGACUUGGAACACAAAGUGUUGUUGACCGGCACUCCUCUUCAGAACACUGUGGAGGAACUCUUUAGUCUGCUGCAUUUCCUGGAGCCUGCUCAGUUCCCCUCUGAAACUGAAUUCCUUAGAGACUUCGGAGACCUCAAAACAGAGGAACAGGUUCAGAAGCUGCAAGCCAUCUUAAAACCCAUGAUGUUGCGAAGACUGAAGGAGGAUGUUGAGAAGAACUUGGCACCCAAACAGGAGACCAUUAUUGAGGUUGAGUUAACAGAUGUCCAGAAGAAGUAUUAUAGGGCCAUCCUGGAGAGGAACUUCAGUUUCCUCAGUUUAGGAGCAAACAGUAACAGCAACGUUCCCAACCUGCUCAACACUAUGAUGGAGCUCCGCAAGUGCUGCAACCACCCCUACCUCAUCAAUGGUGCGGAGGAGAAGAUCGUAGCAGAGUUGCGGGAGGUGUACGACCCCAUGGCCCCUGACUUCCAUUUGCAGGCCCUGAUUCGGUCGGCCGGCAAGCUGGUGCUACUGGACAAGCUGCUGCCUCGCCUCAAGGCUGGCGGCCACAAAGUGCUCAUCUUCUCCCAGAUGGUGCGCUGCUUAGACAUUCUGGAGGACUACCUCAUCAACAAGAGAUACCUUUAUGAACGAAUUGAUGGCAGAGUGCGUGGAAACCUACGGCAGGCUGCCAUCGAUCGCUUCAGCAAACCUGACUCAGACCGCUUUGUCUUCCUGCUGUGUACCCGUGCUGGUGGCCUGGGUAUUAAUCUCACUGCUGCUGACACCUGUGUUAUAUUUGACUCUGACUGGAACCCUCAAAAUGACCUGCAGGCCCAAGCACGAUGCCAUCGUAUCGGCCAGUCUAAAGCCGUCAAGGUCUAUCGUCUGAUCACUAGGAAUUCCUAUGAGAGGGAGAUGCUGGAUAAAGCAAGUUUGAAGCUUGGGCUGGACCGUGCCGUCCUGCAAAGCAUGAGCGGCAACAAAGACAGCAAUGUCAACGGGAUCCAGCAGUUCUCCAAGAAGGAGAUCGAGGAUCUGCUCAGGAAGGGAGCCUACGCUGCCAUCAUGGAUGAGAAUGAUGAGGGCAGUCGGUUCUGUGAGGAGGAUAUUGACCAGAUCCUUCAGCGAAGAGCAACUACUAUCACCAUUGAGAGUGAGGGCAAGGGUUCCACGUUCUCCAAAGCCAGCUUUGUGGCCUCUGAGAAUCGCAAUGAUAUCGCCCUCGAUGAUCCUGAAUUCUGGCAGAAGUGGGCCAAGAAAGCCGACAUUGACAUGGACACGAUCAAUCGCAAGAACACUCUUGUAAUCGACACUCCCAGAGUUCGCAAGCAGACUCGUCAGUUCUCCAGUUUACGUGGUGAAGGUGGAGAUCUUUCUGAUCUAGACAGCGAUGACGAAUAUCCACCCUCUAAUUCUAGACAGUCUCGGUCCUCUCGACGAUCCGACCGCCACAGCGGAGGGGGUUACGGUCGCACUGACUGCUUUCGGGUGGAAAAACAUUUGCUUGUCUAUGGCUGGGGUCGUUGGAGGGACAUCCUGUCUCAUGCCAGAUGCAAGCGGCGUCUCAGUGAACGUGACGUGGAGACGAUCUGCCGUGUUAUCCUGGUCUUUUGUCUGCUUCACUAUCGUGGAGAUGAGAACAUUAAGAGUUUCAUCUGGGAGCUCAUCACGCCACCAGAGAACGGACGUGAACCCCAAACACUACUCAACCAUUCUGGCCUGUCUAUUCCCGUUCCAAGAGGCAGGAAGGGUAAAAGGGUAAAGGCCCAGAGCACAUUUGAUGUUCAGAAGGUGGAGUGGAUCCGUAAAUACAACCCUGACACCCUGCUGCUUGAUGACAGCUACCGCAAGCAUCUCAAGCACCAGUGCAACAAGGUGCUUCUGAGAGUGCGUAUGCUCUACUACUUGAAACAGGAGGUGAUUGGUGAACAUGCCGAUUCUGUCCUGAAAGGGGCUGAUAUCAGGGAUGUUGAUAUCUGGAUGCCUGAGAUGGAGCAGCAGGAGGUGCCUGCAGGAUGGUGGGACUCUGAAGCAGACCGCUCCCUGCUUGCUGGUGUUUUCAAACAUGGUUAUGAGAUGUACACUACCAUGCGUGCUGAUCCCUGCCUCUGCUUCCUGGAGAGAGCUGGUCGGCCCGAUGACAAGGCCAUUGAUGCUGAACAGCACACUGGUGAUGCUGAGCUGGGAGACGAUGCUGACUAUGAUAAGUAUUCCGAGGACCCAGAGUUCAAGCCCGCAUCAAGACACACCAAAGAUCUCUUCGACGAGCCUGAUUCUAUGAACGUGGAGGAUGAGAUUUCUGUGGAAGACAAGGCGGGACCAGUGGUCACAGAAAGCUUAGCUAGCCACAGCGGUGCCUGCGACUGGCCCUCCAGCUCAUCACUUACAGCGCGGUUGCGGCGGCUGAUCACAGCUUACCAGCGCAGCUACAGACAGGAGCAGCUGAAGAUUGAAGCCGAGGCUAAGGGUGACCGCAGACGCAGGCGCUGUGAACAGGCCAGCAAGCUAAAGGAAAUAGCACGGCAAGAGCGACAACAAAGGUGGACACGUAGGGAAGAAUGCGAUUUCUACCGUGUAGUAUCAACUUUUGGUGUAGAGAAGAUGAAAAAAGAACCAGGUCUUCUUGAAGGUGGAGACAAUGAAUUUGACUGGACCCGUUUCCGUACCUUUGCUCGUCUGGAUAAAAAAACUGAUGAGAGCCUCAGUCGAUACUUCCGCUCUUUUGUCGCCAUGUGCCGGAGAGUGUGCCACCUUCGCCCCGGACGUGAAGAUCCAGCAGAACUUUCCCAGACUGUGGCCCCCAUCACUGAGGAACGUGCUUCCCGAACUCUUUACCGAAUCAGCCUCCUUCGUCGCCUUCGUGAGCGAGUCCUCCCUCACCCCUCCCUGGAUGAGCGUCUGCCUCUGGCUCCACCCAGCUCGGAGCUGCCUGCUUGGUGGAAUAUUCCAGACCACGACCGUCAGCUCAUGCUGGGCGCUGCACUACACGGUGUUAGCCGCACUGAGCUCUCCAUCUUUGCAGACCCGCAGUUCACUUUCGGUCAGGCCCGCGAUGAAUUCAUCCAGAACCAGCAGGCGCCACCCCCACCCCCUCCACCACCGCCGCCCCCCCAGGCGCCACCCAUCAUGACUCUCAUUCAGCCCAGGACUGAGGAGGACUUGGCUGGAGUGAAGGAGGAGGGAGCUGACGAGAGCGCCCGGCUGCUUGGAGGUGAACUCCGCGCUGACCUGCAGAGUACGCCGCUGAGUCACCAUGACGGCAAAGUGCGAGGUCAGGACUGGAGCUUCAAGAGGAGCAGGGUGAAGGGAGAAAGAGGAAGGAAGGGCGAGGGAGUGUCUGAUUCGGAUUCAGAUUCGGAUUCAGGCUCAUCAUCGUCUGAGCGAUCAGGCAGCAGCGACGAUAGCGGAGACAGUGAGGAGGAGAUAGAAGGACCUGUCAUGAAGGUGUGUGAUGUGGAUGAAGAUAAUAGUUUACUCUCCAUGACUCCAUCUCAGGACGGCAUUCCUCCUCCUGAUCCCCUCAGAGUUGACUGGCCAAAGGACCGCGUAUUGAUCAACCGCCUGGACAAUUUGUGUACACUCAUGCUGACGGGUCAGUGGCCAUCGGGGCGGCGGUAUGUGCCUGAAGCUCAGCUCAACCCGAGCUCAGAGCUAGUGGGAGACGAGAUGGCGUACACAAGGAUCAUCCGUAAACCCAGUGGCCCUGGGGCAGAAGGAGAAGAUGGAGAAUUCACUGUUAAACUCCUCAAGGAGGAGGGCCUGAAACUGACUUUCUCUAAGCAGGCCCUGAUGCCCAACGGCUCAGGGGGAGAGAGCAGCCGCAAGAAGCGUAAAGACCAAGAGCUGUCAGACCUGGAUGGACUCCAUGAUCCGUUGGAACGUACUCCUCGACGCAGGGACCCCCCCACGUGGCUGAAGGAGAACCCAGAUUAUGAGGUGGAGGGAGACAUGCUGGAGCUUCUUGUGAACAGGAGCAAGAGGAAGAGGAGGAGGAGGGCAGAUAAAGUCCCCACAGGCAGUGAAAAGGUCAAACUCAUCAACAUGAGGACAGGGAAGAAGGUUGGAGCUGCUUUCUGUCCGAUGCUGCAAGACUUGAGGGAAUAUCUGGAGGAGAAUCCUGACAACGCUGUAGCACCUGAGUGGUCUGAAACCGUUCGGAAUUCUGGCUUUCUGCCAGAGACCCUCUUCCACCGACUGCUGACUGAACACUCAGAGAUCCCGAAGAAAAGCCGACACCGCCAUCAUCACCAUCACCACCACCAUCAUCACCACGCACCAGAGCCCACCCACGAAGACCCCAACCUGGACGGAGUUGAGGAGGAGACUCUGGUGUCAGACGGAGCCUACAUGAUGGAUGAGGAGGACCUGGAGACCACCCAUCACUUCCUCACCAGUCCGGACUUUGACGUUAAAAUGGAGGGCGGCGACAGCCUUUCCCAAGGUGACUAUGACAGCUCGGAUCAAGAAGCUCUAUUGGACGAUGUCAUCAUAGCACAGAAGGACUCCGACUCCUCAUCGAGCUCAGAGGAUUGACUGAACCUUCCUCCUCAAACACGUCUGACUUCGUCCCCUUCUCAAAAUUAAAUCAUGUUAUUCCUCAUUUAUUUUUACCAUUAUGUAUCGAAUUAUGGAUGAAUGUGUGUUUUUUUUUUGUUGUUGCUACUUUUAGUCAUUUAUUUUAUAUAGGUUUUUUUCCAUGUAAGAAGCAGGUUUGCACCCAUCAGGUUUUUCUUUCUAUCAUCACAAUUGUGUUCCAUCUUUUUCUCUCAAUCUUCCUCUCUAACCUCUGACAAAAUGGCAAAAAGCUGAGCUUUCUUACUUUGUUGACUCAUCAUUCUCCUCCACCAAACCUACGAAUUCCCAUCACAUUCCCAACCGUGACCAAAAGGGGACCCCUGCUGUACAGAUACACUUUUCUUAUCUGAGAACCUCAAAACUGGUCUUCUAGCGCUACAUGAAACUGGACAUGUGUACUGAGCAGAGCCAGAUCCCACAAUCCCCUGCCCGAUCUCGUUUUGGUCAUAUCUUCUGUCCAGACGAGUCUGUGAAUCCAGAGGGGAUCCAGUGUGUGGAUGUACUGUUAGUGUUUUCACUCUGUGGGAGGGGUUGGGGUUGAGAGGGAGGGAGAGGGAAAGUGACGUAGUAGUUACUGAAGCCGUGCUAGGAGGAUGGGUGUAUUGUACAAUGUAGAGCUGGUCAGUUGUGUACUAUGGUGCAAAGAUGACGGCAGUGAGUUACUAUUCUUGUUUUAUGAUCUGCCUGUAUCUGUCAUAUGAAUAACAGCAAUCUACAGUGAAAGCAAGUUUGUGUGUAUUAUUGUGAUUUUCACAGAGCAGAAGCAAUAAGGUUUUCUGUUUGUACACAAGAUCGAUUGUCCAUUUCUGAACUGUUGAAUAUUUGUGUCCUAAUUACAGCGGAUGAUAAUGCAUAACA